AAAGAUAGUGAAAAUUAUUCUCUAUCCAUCAAAUCGAAUAUUUAGAAAAUGACAAAUUUAGAUUUAUUAUUAUUUUUAUCUUAUGCGCAGAAAUACGCCCAUUGCAAUGCAAUAUAAUACACGUAUGUUUUUAUAUGUCUACUCUCGUAACUCUAAAGUCCAAGGUCAUCGUCCGAUACCGUAUUUCGUAUUAAACCUGUACAUUCCAUUUAUUGUUGAUAACACAGCCAAAAAAAAUGUCGAACAUUGUUGCUGGAAAACUCGCCUUUGUUACUGGAGCUGGAAGUGGUAUAGGUAGAGAAACAUGUCGAAUAUUAGCUCAAGAAGGUGCAAAAGUUAUCGCUGUCGAUCAAAACAUUAAAGCGGCUGAAGAAACAAUAAAUAUCAUAAAUGGAACUGAUCAUGUUGCAUUAAAUGUAAAUGUUACUAAUCCAAAUAGUAUAGAACAAGUCUUUAAACAUAUUGUAAAUGAAUUCUCAACUUCACCCACGAUUAUUGUUAAUUCAGCAGGAAUUACAAGAGAUAAUUUUUUGUUAAAACUCAGUGAAACUGAUUUUGACAAUGUCAUGAAUGUUAAUUUAAAGGGUACAUUUCUUGUUAUGCAAAGUGCAGUAAAAGCUAUGAUAGAGAGUGGUACAACGGAAGGAAGUUCUAUUAUUAAUGUUAGUUCUAUUAUCGGUAAACUUGGAAACAUAGGACAGGGUAAUUACAGUGCCUCAAAAGCUGGAGUUGAAGCACUAACUAAAACGGCCUCUAUGGAAUUUGGAAAAUUAGGAAUACGCGUUAAUGCGGUCUUGCCAGGAUUUAUAGAUACUCCAAUGACUGCUAUAGUUCCUGAUAAUGUAAAAAAUAUAUUUAUUAAAAGAAUACCUUUUGAGAGAAUGGGUAAACCAAAUGAAGUUGCAGAAGUCAUUGCAUUUUUAGCUUCAAAUAAGAGUUCCUAUGUUAAUGGUGCUUCUAUUGAAGUUACAGGAGGACUGCAUUAAGUUGUAUAUACUUAAUUUACAUAUUUUGUAUUUUUUUUCUACAGUUUUCAUAUUAUGUAAAUAUGUAUAAAUGAAAGGGUUUUUAAAAUGA